AUAUUUGCGUGGAACGAUGAAAAUAAAGUAUAGUUUAUUUUGCAUGAAAGUCUUGGAAAUCAUGUUAAAGUAGCGAAUACUGGCGUGGAAAGAUCAAAAUAAUGUGUAGUUUAUAAUUUUUGAACUUUUUUGCCGGUCGAUUUUUCAUUUUUUGAAUUACGUCGUUCUUUUGAUUAUUCAGAACUAGUGUCUUGAUUUCAGAAACAUACUCAAUUCUAGAUGCGAGCGUCUGCAUAAUGUUCAAGCUUAUGCUAGACAAUAUUGUGGUGAAAUAAAGUCUUUUGUUGAAGAUUGUUGAAAUUUCGUUAUUCUUUCUUCGUUUUGUAGCGAAAUAAUAAGUUUCUUGAUUUUUUGGGGCUACGAAUGGCCAAAUUUCUUUUUUCUUUCUUCGUUUUCCAGUGAAAUGAUGCUUUUCUUGAACUUUUCCAAGAAUGUUUGAAUUCUUUUUUGUUUUUCAUUUUGUAGUGAAAUAACGCUGUCCUUGGACGUGUAGUGUUCCGAUUCUUUUUUCCUUCACAUUUUUUCACUCUUGAUCCUGCGGAAGGGCUGUCGUUGGUUUUGUCUGUACUGUUUCUUUAGAAAUUUCUUCAAAUACGGAAAUCUGGAUUUAUUAUCGUUUAAAAUUGAAUGCACUGGCCUAAUCGUUUGUUGUUGUCAAUUGUUGCCAGUUUUAUGUCACAAGUCCGUGAGUUCAUUGAAUUUGAUGUCAAAAAUUUUGGUACCACGAAAAUCUGAAUGGAGAUUUAAUGGUUGUACAAUAUGUUGCGAUAAGCCAUUGUUGUACUUUUUAAGUCCUAACCAAAAUUGAUUGCAUAUAUUAUUCCAAAGUGAUGUAUAUUGUUUCUUUCGGUAAAUUCGCGUGUAAGGUUCUCGUUGCUGCAAAUACGGCAGAUUUCCCGAAGCAUCUGAUAUCUUCGUCGACAAUUCUGCAAAUGUAUGCUCAUUAGGGCAUAGAUUCUGCAGAUUCGUCUUCUUUUUGCAAAGCUUCUGUCAAAUGAUGGAACAUUUUGUAAUAUUCAUCCGCAGACGGGCAGAUAAGCUUUGGUAAGACAUCUGAAGAUUGCUUCUGGCGCCCAGAAUAUUGAAGUUCUGAAUUGACGAGAGCCUUGGUUGUUUUGCACACAAUGCCCGUGAUCAAGGUUGAGGGUGAAAUCCCGCAUGAUCCGAAUCAUUACGAGAUGCCCAACAGCAUUGUACGGAGAUAUCACGAAUUCAUGGCAGACUCAUGCUGUGUACACAUGUGCCAGGGGCCAAAUCCCCAAAUGGCACGCUAUGUCUAUGGCUUGAUAUUCCUCGUAACAAAUUUGCUGGCCUGGAUGGUUCGGGACUAUGGUCACAAUGCAUUAUCAGAGCUAGAGCAUUUGAAAGGCUGUCAAGGUGUUCAUGACUGCUUGGGUACAGAAGGUGUACUUCGUGUGAGCCUUGGAUGUUUUAUAUUUUAUUUCACCAUGUUUCUCACAACAGUAGGAUCUACGAAAAUGUACAAACCUCGUGAUUCAUGGCAUUCAGGAUGGUGGCCCCUGAAGAGCCUUAUUUGGAUCAUCAUGAUGGUGGUGCCCUUUUUUAUUCCUUCAGCUUUCAUUCAAUUUUAUGGCGAAGUAGCCAGAUUUGGUGCUGGGAUAUUUCUAAUUAUACAACUUAUUAGUGUGAUCAAUUUUAUCACAUGGUGGAAUGAAUACUGGCUGUCAGAGGAAAAUGCUGAUCUAUGUGGCAUUCCAGUCGUUGCAAUGUCAACAAUGGCCUAUGCUGCUUCUUUGACAGGAAUUAUACUGAUGUACAUUUGGUACGCUCCAAAAGUGUCAUGCACUCUUAACAUAUUCUUCAUCACGUUGACAUUAAUCCUUCUUCAAGUAAUGACUAGCAUCUCUCUACAUUCAAAAGUUAAUGCAGGCCUUAUGACAGCAGGAUUAAUGGGACUUUACGUUGUCUUCCUUUGCUGGUCUGCUAUUCGAAGUGAACCAGUAACAGAGAAAUGUAAUACAAUGCCACAAGGAACUGGAAGAGGAGAUUGGAUCACAAUUGUUAGUUUUAUAAUUGCAGUCUUGGCUAUAGUCAUGGCAACCUUUUCUACUGGCAUUGACUCAAAAUCUUUUCAAUUCCGAAAAGAUGAAGUUGAAUCAGAUGAUGACGUUCCAUAUGGCUAUGGAUUUUUCCAUUUUGUUUUCUCAAUGGGAGCCAUGUACUUUGGUAUGCUAUUCAUUGGUUGGAACUUGCACCAAACAAUGCAAAAGUGGAGCAUUGAUGUUGGAUGGGCGAGUACUUGGGUGAAGAUUGUCAAUGAGUGGCUUGCUGCAGGGCUAUAUGUUUGGACUUUGAUUGCUCCCAUUGUAUGGAAGAAUAGAACCAAUGGCAGAUCAGCAUCGAAUGUUUGAACCUGUUUGGCUGAAAUUCAGUUCACUAUCCUCCAACGAGGAGAUUUAUAACUCUGUCGUUCAAUGUAUAGCAUGUCCUUGUACUAUAUAUGACCCUGAUAAGGUUAGUUUCUAAAGAGAAUGUCUUACAAGCUAUCCAAUCAUUUACAAGUUGUGUAUAUGCUUAUGACAGAAACCUGGUGAAGUCCCUUUGCCUUUUAUGUUGGGAUUCUCCCCACUUUUUAUCCUGUAUCACUAUUGCAUUUGUAGACUGCUCAUGAGAUGUUAGUGAUUUACAUGUUUCAUGUGGUGGCAAUAGAAACUUUUAUUUUUUUUAAAUAAAAGGUUCUUUUGAUCAAUGUAAAGGGAUUGUCAAAUCCUUAACACAAGAUAGGUUCCUAAAAGAUGCUUUGAGAUCAAAGUAAAGGAGGAGAAUGCAAAAAUAUUUGUUGUAAUUUGUACUUGUACAUGGGAUCAUUAAAUAAGUUGAAACUUUACAACUUAA